GGCGCUUGAAACUUUUUUCAUGGCUUAAACGACGCGCGUUAACGGUUAAGAAAACAUAAAGCAACAAAUCAAAUUUGAAUCUGCUGAGCUGACAUUAGCAAAUGGCAUAAAAAAAAUUGCAGCCAAGACAAAGGCAAAGCAAUUGACAUUUGGCAAACAAAAAGUAAUGGCUGCUGCCUUUGAAGAUGCCACAAACUGUGGCGGCCUGAAGCGUCAGGCAACAAAAUAUCCGCAUGGCUUAAAUAUCACAGUGCAGACAGUGGAUGAGCCCAGAGCUGUGGAUUAUACACGCGCCGAUGUGGCAGAAACACAAAAAUAUCGCAUUGGCGUCAUGGGCAGCUCCGAAACUUUGGCCGAGUUGCAAGUGCGUCGCUAUAAAUAUCCAGCGAAUUAUUAUUUGAAGCAGCAGCAGCAAAGUAAGUUGCCAGCCAAGCCUACAACGACGCCCUGGUUGCUGCUUAGCCACGUUAGACGCGCCUGCCGCUGGCAAUAUUUACGCUGGCCCAUUAUUUUCAUUGCCAGCGUGCUGCUGUUCUUCGGUCUGAUCACCUACUGUCUUUGGUUGCAUGAUGUGAGUGUGGCACGUGCACGCUACUUGCAACGUCGACGCUACGAAGCCACCUCAAGCACUGAAUUGAUCGAUGAGGAUGCCGCCAGCACCACGACCGAAGAGUCAACAAUUGAUACAACCACAACAGCGCCACAUGCCACAUCAUUUGCCAAUGCCGACGACGCCGAUGAUGACUAUGAUGAUGUUCUGUUGCCUGCGGACAGCAUACGCUUCACAUCGGGUCAUCAGAACAGCUUUGGUGUGCCCAUCGAACAGGAUAAACGCAUGUUGCAGCUGCUCAAAGAUUUGCUACCCAAGCCACAAGCAACAGCACCGACUAAUGUGCAUCUGUUGACACGCGUCUCCCCCACACUGCCGCCACCCUCGGGCAUCAAUGGACGACCCACUGAGGCAAUGACCACAACGCCAGCUACGAAUAGCGGCAGCGGCUGCUACUCGACGGCAUUGCCAAUGUGUCGCGGCAUCUUGGACUAUGAUCUGACCUACAACAAUGCAAGUGGAGCGCCGCGGGAUGCGGCUUCGAUGCAAGCCUAUGAGGAACUAAUUAGCGCCAACUGCUCCGCUCGUGCGGUGGAGUUUCUAUGCUAUGCACUGGAGCCGGAGUGCAGACCAGUGGACAUAGGACAGCUGCCGCCAUGUCGACGCAUUUGCAAAGCUAUAUUGGAGGCAUGUUCAAUUGUUAUUGCUGCAUCUGAUCAGCUGAGCGAACUCUUCGACUGCAGUCAAUAUCCCGAUGCGCAUGAGACGCACAAAUGCGAAGAUCCCAGCAGACGUCGCGACUUUUGCUAUCACAAUGAGUUUCAAUGUCACGAUGGUUCCUGCAUACCGCAGCAAUGGCAAUGCGAUAAUAUAAAGGAUUGCUUGGGUGGCGAGGAUGAGGAUGAGCAGUGUUUGGUUUGCGAGCACGAAGAGUUUCGCUGUCGCUCCAACGAAAAAUGCAUAGCCGAGCAGCUGCGCUGUGAUCUCAACUUUGAUUGCUUCGAUGGCAGCGAUGAGGAGGAUUGCGAUGAUUACGGCUCCGGCGAUGCGGCGCCCUUCGAUGAGGCGGAGCUGAAUGCAUUUCCACGCAUCUUCAGCUAUGCCAGCUUUCUCUCCCCCAAUGAGACAAACGAAAAGCUCUACACUUAUAUAACGGCCACAACGGAUGAGGAGGCGGGCACGGAAACUAAAUUUCAGCUACAUCAGGUCGCUGCACCAGCGCCGGAGACGACGCUAAUGCCGCCGCCAGCGGUCGCUGCCACCAACACAAGCUCCGAAGAGCAGCCAGGCGGAGCCAAGGGCUUUGUGAACUUUCGUGACAGCAAGGAGAUAAUGAUGACAAGCGAUUCGGAGAAUAAAUUUAAAUACUCAGCGCAGCGUGCGAAUCGCACCAGCAGCAAAUUUAGCAUAACAACAGCAACGAUGCCUACGCGUAGUGCAAGUGCAAUACCCAACUCGGCAUUGUUGCAACAACGCGAAAGAGAACGCAUUGCAACGUUUACAAGCAGCAGCAGCAGCAGCAGCAGUGGCAGCAACAGCGGCAGCAGCACUACAACCACAACAACAACAACCACAGAGCUGACGCCAACGCGUGCAACUGGACGCUGCUUGCCACACGAGCUGCGUUGUGUUAGUGGCAAGUGCAUAACUGUCAAUCAGCUGUGUGAUAAGCAAAUCGAUUGCCCCGAUGCAGCAGAUGAAAUAAUGUGCGUCUAUAGAGAGCGACCAAGCGCUAGAAUUUCAACAACAACAACCACAACAACAACAGCUAAAACUACAACAACAACAACUACACCAGCUAUAAGUACAACAACAACGCGUCGCAAUGUACGCACCACAGCCAAUCGAAGUCGAAAGCCCAAGUCUUAGCAAAUCAAACAACAACAACAACAACAACAAUUUCUUAUUUAUAACUUUGCUAUUUGCCUAUCGCUAUUUUCUUUAAAAUUUUUAACGCUAUAUGUAUGAUAUAUACCUUUGGGUUUUUAGUUUUGUAAGCCAAC